AUGAAAGAUGAAGAAAUCCAAGCCGCCACGGCCUCGGAACCCCUCUCCCUAGAGGAAGAAUACGCCAUGCAGCAGAGCUGGCGCCUCGAUCCCGACAAACUCACCUUCAUCGUCUGCGCGCCGCUGUCUGCGUCUGCGUUCCGCGCGGGACAGGAGGAGGAGGAGCGCACCCAGGAGCAGCAACCGGCAAAGAGUCCCUGUCUCCAAGACGAGGAUGAUGCCCCCGCGCGGAUGCUCGGCGACAUUAACCUCUUUCUCCGCCUCGAGGACGAUGAGGAAGGGGCGGGCGCGCCGCAGCUGGUCGGGGAGGUUGAGCUGAUGAUUGCGGAGAAGGCGAGCCAGGGGAAAGGUCAUGGGCGUGCGGCGCUGCUGGGGUUUCUGCGGUAUGUGGUUGAGCAUGAGGGGGAGAUUCUGCGGGAGUUUGCGGCGUUGAGUGUGAAGAUCGGGAAGGGGAAUGGGCGCAGCCUGGCGCUGUUUGAGAGUGUUGGGUUUGUGAAGGUGAGUGAGGAGCCGAAUUAUUUUGGGGAGUUUGAGCUGCGGAGGACGGAUUUGGGAGGAGAGAGUGUACAGGAGGCAAUGGGGAGGGCUGGGGUGUCUGGAUAUACGGAGGUUGUGUAUAAGAGGGCACAAUGA